UAGUGCAGGCUGUGCGCGAUGUCCGUGUUUGUUGAACAUUGUGCGCGAAGUGUGUAGAGGUUAAAUUUUCGGAAAGUAUGAACAUUGCGUUCUGUCGCCUGCUAAAAUGAAUCGCAUUGAGUACAGCUUGAAGUGCCCAUCAUGUUCUCAGCAGUAUUCAAACAAAGAGUAUCGCGGCAGUCGCACGCCGAGAAUUCUCCAGUGUGGUCACACCUGCUGUGAAGUUUGCAUUAAAAGCCGUUCAGCUCAGACUGGUGUCUGUGUCUGCCCUGUGUGCAAGGCCUCGCAGCCUGUUCCAGAUCCCAACAGAAUCAAGGACCUUUUGGUGGAUUCUUACAUACUGGGGAGCCAAUUACAGUUCGGAAAGGAAUUGCCAGAUUGGUUUAAAUACAAAAAUGGGGAGGCAUUUUACACUGUUGCAAAGCCCGCUUCAUCCAGUAAGGAGGAAUCCAGGAAAGUUCCAUGUGAUGAAUGUGGGGAGCAGUCGGCAUCUUGCAGAUGUGACACUUGUCCCUCAAACUAUUGCAAAAUAUGCUUUGAGCAGGUCCACCGAAUUGGUAAAACAAUGCGGCGCCACAAGCCCCAGCCUUUGCCGAGAAACUCAGUCCCCUCCCCUCAGGACAUGCUCUGUGAGGAACAUCAACGUACGCUGGAAUUCUACUGCCAGGAGGACAAUGUACUCAUCUGUAGCUUCUGCGUUGUGAUGGGAGGGCAUAGGCCACACACCGUUGUGGCAGUCGCUGAUCAGAACAAAGCGGCCAUGGAAGAAAUAAAACCCGCUUUGGAGGAAGGACUUCGAUCCUUUCAGGGGCUCAAGAAGACAGAAAAGAAACUGGAAAAAAUACGCUUUGGCAUCGAUUCUUAUUUCCAAAUGGCAGCAGACAAUGUCAUGACCCACUUUCACCAUCUUCACGGGUUGUUGCAGCUUCGGUGCUGGCAGCUCCUUGAGGAAAUCAAGAAGGCUAAUGCAGAGUAUGCGAGGGACUUGCAAGAACAGGGCAAGGAUAUAUCGUCCUCAUUACAGGAAUUUUUGCGUCUUCAAAAAGAAGCAACGAGCCUCCUCUCAUCCUCAACGCCUGGCAAUGCAGCAUUCGUAUUGGAGAAGCUGAAGCGUUACAAGGACAUGCCUUGCUUCCUCACAAGCGACCCCAAGUCAUACCGCCCUAUCGAACAGAUGCAAUUUGAUCCUGCUCUGCCAGGUGCUCUGAAGUGUUACGGUGAUGUACAGUUUGCCAUGCUUGAGAAGCUAAAUAUAGUGCCACUGCGAGACCUACCCGAAGAUUACAUUGCUGGUGAGGGGGACGAUACUGAUACGGAGUCAUCUUCCUCGUAUUACGAAAAUAAUACUACUGAGGAUAGCUCUCAAGUGUCGGCGAGCCAGACCAGCGAAGACAACGGCCAUGUUGCAGAAAGUCAUGACACUUUGAACAACAAGAGGGUUGUCGUGUCGCACAUCCGGGAUCCUUGUCACUUUUACGUUCAACUCUGCCACAUGGUUUCCAAACUUCGCAAAAUGCAGAAGGACAUCAAUGACUACUGCGUCAGUCCUGGCUCAAAGCUGAGCUCCUAUGAAGAUGCUAUACAAGUUGGGAGCAUAUAUUUGGCCCAGUUUGGCAUGGACAACAAUUGGUACCGCUGCAGAGUUCUGCGCACUCAGCCCAGCACGGUAGACAUUGUAGAUGCGACAUCUCUACAGCAAGGAAAAAAUCUGGUGGAAGUAUUCUACUACGAUUAUGGCAAUUCCGAGGCGAUCCCUCCUACACGGCUGAGGCUCAUGCAGCCGGAGUUCAAGGCCCUCCCACCCAUGGCUAUAAAGUGUUCACUUUACAACCUGGUUCCCUCUCAGGGGGAGAGGACAUGGCGGAAGAGUGCCAUAGGGAUGUUUGCAAGGCUCACAGUUAACAAGAAUCUCAUUCUCAAGGAGGUGGAACGGCUGCCAGAGACCCUCUUUGUGGACCUCAUGGACGCAGAUUAUGAUGACUGGACUUCUGUAUCGGAUGCUCUUGUUUUUUCGGAAAUGGCGUCCUACCACCUUCCAGACAAUAGGAGACAAACUCGGCAUUCAUCUGUUCCUCGGCGCCAGUACUAUCCCCCUACUGAGUUUCACGUAGGCCAGGUGCUUAGUGUGCUGGUGUCUGCGGUGAAGAGCCCUCAUGAACUUUACAUUCAAGAGUGUGGCAGCAAUCUAGCCUACUUGGAAAAGAUGUCGACUGAUCUGCAGGUGCACUGUGAGACGAAGAAAAGUGAAGGGGAAUCUAUUUACUUACCUCAAGUUGGUAUGGUAUGCUUGGCCUACAACAGCCGGGAUCAGAGGUGGUACCGUGCACGUGUGCUGGGCCUUCCCGGGGGAACCCGCGUGGAUGUUUGCUUUGUGGACUACGGCAGCCGGGAAACUGUGCGUGCCUCGUGCAUUCGCAGGAUACCCGACCAGUUCAUGAAGCUGCCACCCCAGGCCAUACCCGUGUCCAUGGCCGACGUUCAACCAGUUGAGAAUGAUACCUGGUCAAAAGAGGCAAAGAACAGGCUGACUAAGCUUACCAUCAACCAAGAACUCUGCAUGAAAGUACAUGCCUCGAACCCAGACAGACUCCCGAGUGUGUCUCUUUACAUUCCUGGGAAGAGAGAUAAAGACAUCUGUGUCAACUCUAUCCUCGUGAAAGAAAAGCUAGCAAGCUGCACAGGACCCAUCUCGUUGCUGGUCGACGUUCCAAACGUGAUGCCCCGCAAGGCAGCACCAGAGAAGAUCUCACUUGUGCAUGUGCAGCGCGCCGCAUGCAAGGCAGCAGUGCAGCCCAAAAUGGACCCCCGCCCUGAGCAGCAGCAACAAGGCAGGUCCUCCACGGGACGACUCACAGCGGCCAACGCCCUCCUGGCAGCCGUAGCCAGGCAGUCCACUUCUCCCUGUACGUCACCCAUUCCGCAGCCACUGCCGCAACCGUCGCCCGCACCUAAGGGUCCUGGGGAGGGCUUUACGGCCGUGCUCAUCACUCUGGUCCACUCUCCCGCAUCAUUCUUCGUCCGUCACCGUAGUGACAAGGACAAGUGGAGGAAACUGGUUGCUAAGACGCAGGAAACACUUAGCACGACGUCGGUUCCUGAGGACAAAGAGAUUCAGUGGCAGAGCGACCAGUGGUGUGCAGUGGACCAUAACGGCUUGUGGCACAGGGCAAAGGUGGUCGCAGUUGCGGACAACGUUGAGGUUCAUUUGGUGGACACAGGAGAUGAUGUAACCCUACCAAAGGAAAGUCUAGCGCCCAUUCCGGCUUCUUUAACGGAGCAGCCACCGUUUGCACACAAGUGCCACCUUGCAGAAAUUAUACCAGCUGGUGGAAGUUCCAAUUGGUCGAAAACCUCGAUGGAGUUCUUUGAAGAACUUGUCCACAAGGCAGAUGGCAUGUACAUUCGGAAAAUGGGUGAGGUACUAAACGACUCCCAGCCAGUGGACCUGCUGCUAGAGUAUGUCAAGGCAGCGGAAGCACUGGAACCCAUGAAGAGGACGUACAAAAGUGUUCGGGAAACGCUCAAAGAGCACGGCUAUGCUUUUUUCCCCAAAGCGGCGUCACGAGUGAAGACCCCGAUGAUCUCACCCACAACGGUGACAGUCUCAGCAGCAAAGUGUGCGCCAACAAUGCCUGAUCCUCCUCCACCUGUGUUGUCUGACGUUGAAGCUCAUAAACUUCCUUCCGAAGAAAACCCACUUCAGCUUACAAAUGCAGAGUCUCAGAGUCAAAGAGAAGACCAUGGUAGCUGUGAUCCCAUCAAGACUAGUCCAAUUUCUGCCUCAUCGGACAUAGAAGAAUCUGAUGAACCGGAGGAACGAAGUUCAGCCGAACGUUUCGUGACUGAACAGGACUCUGCCUAUGCUAGCCCGUCCGUUGCAGUGCCGAAAGAACCGUCCUGUACCAGUUCUAGUCAAGGAGAUGCUUCCUCAACCGAAGAGCCUUCGUCCGACGCAACGCUACACAAAUUUUUUGAACCAAGCACAUCAGAGAAGUUUGGCUCUGGUGACGCAGGUGCCGUUGGAAAAGCGGCGGAGCACAAACGUGACGCGGAUGGUGGCAGUGGAGGAGGGGACGAAAGUGGAGAGGAGGAAGAACAAGAAGAUGUGGAGUACUACUCUGAUGAGGAUGCUUUGCCCCUCCUGCUAAGUGAGGAGCCUGUGUUUGAAUGGAAAAAGCGAGAUUUUCCUGACGAGAAGCAAAUGAUGGUGAUGCCCUCGCAUAUCGACGAGAAUGCGGUGAUCUAUGUGGAGAUCCUUGGGGAAGAUAUAGCAAAAUACAAGGACAUGAAAGCAGAACUCAACCGCGUUUAUUCUUCUCAGCCACCACAGCCAGUAAGAACAGUCAGAAGGGGUCAGGCCUGCAUAGCGCGCUAUGCAGCUGACCACAUGUAUUACCGAGCCAAGGUGUUGGGCGUAGGAGAAGCAGGCAUUGAGGUGCAGUUUGUGGAUUACGGUACCAUAGAGUAUGUGAGCCCAGAUGCUGUAUUCACGGAUCUCAUGUUCGAAGACGUCCCUGUGCUCUGCCUCGAGGUGGAACUCUACGGACUAAAGCCGCCAAUUAGAGCGCCUUCCCAAUUCUCAACGACUGGAUCCUGGCCACUGAAGGUUUUGGACACAAUCCAUUUCACCAUAGUAGAACACAAUUGCUCAAUGGUCGUCAAGGAAAGGCCGACGGAGAAUACAAGAGGCAAGGUGCAUUUCUUUCUACCUGACGGUGUGGCACUUCAUGAUUUUCUGUUGGAGACUGGCCUUGCAUGCAAAGAAGAGAGCUGCCAGCCAAGCAAGGAAACCACCAGUUCCAUUAAUGGUGUAACAAGGCAAGGCAGUGCUGAAGACGAGGGGGACGAGGAGUUUCCGUACCAGAUGUUUCGUCCCCCGGAAGAAGGAAUAUUUCCCGUGGUUGUGUCCAACAUCCUGAGCUUCAACACCGUGUGCAUCCAGCUCGAUAAGAAUGCCAAUCCGAGCACACCAGAAGAGAAGCUUGUCAACGCAAUGCUUGAUUCAUUCCUGGCCAUGAUGAAGGUGCUACCAGACGUUGCGCCCGAUUUCGAGCCUCUCACCGCUCCCACUGUGGGCAUGGCUUGCUGCUGCCAAUACAGCUAUGAUCACAGUUGGUACAGAGCCCUUGUGAGAAAUGUCGGUCAAGAUGAGGUCACUGUGCUCUACGUCGACUACGGCAACUCGGAGUCUGUUCCCUUUUCUAGCUUGCGCAUUCUGCCGGACGAGUACAUGGACAUUCCAAUGCAAGCAGUGGUAUGCACACUGCACGGUGUCACUCCUGUGGCUGACACACAGGAGGUGAUUGCGGCUAUGGUGGACGUAUUCCGCGAAGAUGGUCAAGAGCAGUUCCUGGCCAGGGUCAAGAACUCUGAAAGUGACGCGGUUGAGAUAGACAUUCUGAACUCCUCUCUGGAGCUUGUGUACCAGCCAGUAGCUGACAUGAACUUGAUCACCAUCAACAGGAACACAUAACAGUGAAUGCAAGCUGCUGUUCCUACCUACUGUUACCUCUUUCCGAACUUCAGCAGGUCAUGGACCAAAAGGAGUCUUGUGUCUAAUAUAUGUGUCUUGUAACUCACACACGUGCUGUAUUCUGUUUUGUGUAAGUGCAGGGUUGUGCAAUGUUCGUAAUUGUUCUGGCUCAAAACUUGUCCAAUGUUGACAAGAACUUUUGCUUAAGGUUGCUCAAUGUGCACUAGCUAUGUCUGUGGAACGUAGGUAUGGCAUAUACUCCAGUAGAUCUUAGUUAUAGUACAAGUAUUAUUUACUCGGUGGCUAGUCAGCUUCCAUUUUGCAGUGCAUUCUCUGAUUACAAUCGAUUUAACUACUGUGAUUUUUUUUCUUGAUGCAGUGCAUAGUAUUGUGUGCAUAUGCCUGCAUAGCUUUGCAAAUAUCAUACAGUGUCAAAUAAAGCUUCAUUACACUGUUUCUUUCAAAGCAA